CAAAACGCGAUAUAUGAUUAUACAUUUUUGAGGAUAUAAUUUAAAAUCAAAUGGCCUAAGAUUUAAUUAAUUAACCGCGAGAACCUACCGUCUACCACCUAGGGGCAACCUGUAAUCGAUUUUAUCGUACUUCUCGGUAAAGUGAUUACGAUUUCAAUAUACCGGUGGGUGAAAAUAGCAGAGGUAAUCUCAAAUCGUUACACCGGUGGCCGGCUUUCCUUUUCUGGUGUUGUUUCUGAUGCAAUUAAUUAACAUCGAUUCUUAAUUGAAGACAACAAUGAAGAUAAUUGUCCAACGUGUGGCAAAGGCCAGUGUAUCCGUAAACAAUGAACUGAUCAGCUCAAUAGGAAAGGGCCUCUGCUUACUCGUUGGAAUCGGACGUUAUGAUACGAUGAAAGAAAUGGAAUUUAUGGUAAGGAAAGUGUUGAAUCUGCGAGUAUUCGAAGACGACAACGGUAAGCGGUGGAACAAAAGCGUGAAGGACCGUCAACUUGAAAUACUCUGUGUCAGUCAGUUCACGCUGAUGUGCUCCCUUAAAGGUAACAAACCGGACUAUCACGAUUCCAUGGGGCCGGAUUUAUCGCAGGAAUUUUACAACAAUUUCUUAUCGAAACUCCGAGAAGCGUACGAUGCUGAUAAAGUGAAAGACGGUCGGUUUGGUGCUUACAUGAGUGUUAAUAUCGAAAACGACGGACCCGUUACGAUUCCUUUGGAAAUUACACCAAGCCGUCCAAAAUCUCCGCAGGAGAAAGAACCGGAAUUGGCGAACAAAAUAGAUUAGAAACUGUAAAUAGAAAAAAAAAAAGAAAAAAAAAGGACAAGUUGCGGUGCCGUGUUUAUCUGAAAGUAUGACAUUUUUGUUUUGUAAUAUAUUUAUUUUUCAUA